AAUUUCCUACUCGAGAUUGAUUCACUGAAUAAUAGAUCCCUGCUAGAUGAACCGUUAAAUCAAAUAGUAUUAUUUCUAAGGGUAGAGCGACCGGUUCGAGUCAACGAAUUCCCUUCCAACUACCGUGAAAUUUCUGGUACGCGGGUUUCAAAUUCCUUAGCGAGGAGUCCUCUAAAGGGAAAAAAAAAGGCGAAACAAAUCAAAACAUAUCAAUUUGCACGCAGACCAACUACAAUUUACUCCUAUCAUCUCAAAUCCAUCUCAUUCUGAAUCGGAGCAUCCCGUUUUUCAAUUUCACCUGGCCUGAGAAAAAAAUAGAAAUAAGAAAUGGAUGACAUGAAAGACAAAUUCAAAGGUUUCAUGAAAAAAGUCAAUAAUCAAUUGACAUCUUCUUCUUCUGGCAAAUUUAAGGGUCAAGGUAGGAUUCUGGGUUCAUCUUCUGGACCCACUAAUUCCAAUCUCAAUCACCCUUCAUCAGCCUCACAAUAUGUCAAUCCAAAUAGAAACGUUAAUCCUACAUCUUCUCAGUCAAAACCUUUACCUAAGAAAACACAAACUUCUGAUCUUUCUGUUAGUAAGCCCACGUUUAUUGAUGCUCAGAACCCUUCACUUCCAAAUCCAAAUGCAAAUACAAACAAAAAUUCAAAUCAGAAUCACCCAUCUAAAGAUGGGUUUGAUCCAUUUGACGCAAUGAUUACAACGGGGAAAAGAAACAAGGGUGGUUAUUCACUUAAUGUAUUGGAAUGCCCGGUUUGUGGCUUAGGUUUUACUUCUGAAGAGGAAGUGUCAGUGCAUAUUGAAACCUGUAUUUCUAAUACAAACAAGAAUGAUGGAAUUGAUAGUAUUGGUGGUCAUGAUGGUGAUGGUGUUGAUUUGAAUUUGGGUUCAGUGAGAUCGGGUGAUGUUGAGGAUAAAGUCGAGUCUACGAAUAAAUUGGAAUCUUGUAUUGGUAUGUAUUUUUCAGGAAACCCAUCGGAGAAUUCGAUUGAUGUUAUAUUGAGGUUGUUGAGAAACAUUGUUAAGGAACCAGAGAAUCCCAAGUUCCGGAGGAUUCGAAUGGGCAAUCCUAAGAUUAGGGAGGCUAUUGGAGAAGUAUCAGGUGCUGUCGAAUUGCUGGAAGUUGUUGGAUUUGAGCUGAAAGAAGAGGAAGGCGAGAUGUGGGCUGUGAUGAAUACCCCAUCGGAGACCCACAUCCUGAUGUUAAAAGACUCCGUAAGGUUGUUGGAACGGACGAAAGAAGUUGCGUCGACAGUGAAGGGAGAUGCGAAUAUUGAAGAAGAGACGAAAGUUCAUGAGAAUGAACCAAAGGUCAUUGACAGACAAAUCAAGGUUUUCUUUUCAGUCCCUGAAAGUGUUGCAGCAAGGAUUGAGUUACCUGAUUCGUUUUACAACCGGACUUCUGAAGAGUUGAGGCGAGAGUAUGAAUUGAGGAAGAAAAAAUUGGCUGAUUCCCAGCUUUUGAUUCCCAAAUCCUACAAGGAAAAGCAAGCUCAAGCUGCACGCAGGCAAUACACACGAACUAUCAUUAGAAUCCAGUUUCCUGAUGGAGUGGUUCUUCAAGGUGUUUUCUCACCUAAAGAGCCUACUAGUGCCUUAUACGAGUUUGUAAGCUCGGCACUGAAACAAGAGGGAUUGGAAUUCGAGUUGGUACAUCCCAUACCAGUUAAACGUCGUGUGAUUCCAUGCUUCCCUGCAGCCAGAGAAAGAGCAUCAAUGCUCGAAGAUGAGGAUUUAGUCCCUUCUGCUCUGGUAAAAUUCAGGCCACACGAGACUGAUUCGAUGGUAUUUACUGGCCUGAGAAACGAACUACUUGAAAUUAGUGAACCGAUAGGCAGCAGCUGAUCCUGUAAUGUUGAUUAUCCUCCUCAAAUUGUUUUCAACAGAUGUAUAAGUUUUUAUAAAUUGAAUUGGUUGGCUUAAAUUGUAUCUUUACUGGAGAUUCAUACACCGGCAUAAAAAGGUUUGGAAGUUCA